AUGACUGGGUUCUCGGUAAGUCUACUUCCCGAGCAUAUGAUUAAGCUUACUUAGUACUUUUUUGACCCUAUAUAUUUUAUCAAUAUAUUCGUUAUAUUAGGUGAAAAAAAACACUAGUUACAGCAGAUAAAGUGGUACAAAAGCGUUGAUGCGCCGCCGCAUAGAUGUUCACAAAGAGUCAACGCCAAUGAGAGGGAACGUCAGAGAAUGCACAGGUGAACUCCGUGAGAAUUCUACCGUAGAUUUGAUUGAAAAUCGAUGUACUUUUUUUUUUGUAAAAGUCCGCUAACGAAAAAAGGUUAUCCAGAAUAAGUUUAAGAAUUUUCGUUGGUUUGACAAUGCUUUCAGAAUAAAAAUUUUUCAGAAUAAACAAUGGUUUUGAUCGAUUACGGCAGCUUCUCCCAGAAUCAGGAUGGUCAACAAAAAAGCCAACAAAAGUGAGUGAUAUGUGGAGCAGACUCAAUGUUAUACAUGAAGCUUAUUUAACAAAAAAAAAAACUUAUUUUUAAACUUGAAUCAGGGAUAUCUUGUCAAAUCCUGAUGGUUGGGUCCAUAAUAUUCAUUUUUUUCUAAGUUAACUGCUAAUUAAACCCACACCCAACAUAACUGCCUAUAUCGCAGCAGGCCGCAGGCGAUAUAGGCCAUUCCGCGCUAGCUUGUCACGUGCUGUACUGCGACGUGACCGUCUCGAUCGGAACACACUACAUUUACCGAAACCCUUUUCAACUAUAAUUCAAAAAAAAAGUUCAAUGUUAUAAUUUUAGGUGAACAAUUUUCAUUUUUGUUUUUAAUGGUAACACAUUUUUUGAAAAUUUUUAGGUGGAAACUUUGAAAAGAGCUAUAUUUUACAUAGCUGAAUUGAAGAUGACACUCAACCCGGGAGAAACUUGUAGAAGUGAAGGUUUGCGUUAUUUUGCGAAAUAGAUCUUCUUUCAAGUAUUUAUAGGUACAAAAAGAAUCCAAAGAAGGAAAUGAUGAGAAUGGGUAUCAACAAGCGGUCUGGACACCUCCAAUCUUCAGCAAUCUGUAG